GUCCUGUCAGUGUGAUGGUGGAGCAACCAGGCACGUGACAGGGAGUGGAUAGAGAUUAUUUUGCCUUACAGCCCAAUGUAUGGCUAGAUCCCACACAACGUUCCAGUCAACCAAAGCCUCCGGUGAUAUUUCUCUAAGACUGCUUCUACCAAGGGCUCAACAUUCAGAGCCUCAUCUGCAGUAACCACAUAGCAAGAACAUGACGUAUGAUCUACACAACUCGUCGUACGACUUUUACAACGGCACGCCAUGGUUUAUCUACGACUGCACCAUCCAUCUAGAUGAGGAUGGCCGACGGAUCACUCUUUUCCUCCUUUACCUAGUGCUCUUCAUGGUAGGGUUGGCCGAAAACACCCUGGUGGUUUGGGUGAACUGGCGAAGGCGUCAUUCGGCAAAUGGCGUGCUGUUCUGUGUCAUCAACGUGAGCUUGUCCGACUUGAUGGUGGUCUUCACCAUGCCUUUCUUCAUGCUGGAGGUGACCAUGGACAAAGUUUGGCUGUGGGGCCGCUUCCUUUGCAAGGUCACGCACCUUGUAUAUGUCAUAAACUUCUACAGUAGCUCCUUCUUCCUGGCAUUCAUGACCUUGGAGCGAUACCUUACCCUGACGCGGCCCAACAAGCCCGCCUGCUUUCCGACGCAGCACAAACGCCGCUGGUUUCUCUGCACUGGGAUCUGGCUUUUGUCGCUUGUGCUGGCCUUGCUGGAAAACGUCCACGUCGACUUGUUGGAGUGGGACGAACCAGGCUGCUACAUGGUUCCUGAGCAGUACUACACGGAGUGGUACGUGUCGGUUUCCUUCCUCUGCCUGAUAUUCCAGUUCCUGGGUCCGGCUUCUAUCAUCAUCACCUGCAACGUCCUGAUCGCCCGAGCCAUCCGCACAGUCCCCGACAUCCAGAAUCGUCGGGAUGUGUGGUUGGUGCACGUGUACUCACUGGUCUUUGUGGCCUGCUGGCUACCGUACCAUUUGGUGUUGUUCUUGUUGACAGUGGACGACCUGGACCCACACCUGUUCUCCUGCAACACAGUCGGGGUGCUGUACUUCUCUUUUAGCCUCGUGCAAUGCUUGUCGCUCUUUCACUGUAUUGCCAACCCAAUCCUCUACAACUUCCUCAGUAAGAGCUUCCGCAACAAUCUAAUAAAUGCAGUGAUCAGCCGCAUCUCUUUACCGCCGACCAGUGCGCCAACUAAUGCUGACAACGCAGGGACAACGGCGGUAAAAGAGCGGAAGCUCAGUAACGCCAGCACAAGUCACUCCGACAUUGGCGCGUAAAGAGGGAAACUCGGCGAUUUGAUGAAACACAGCACAUGAAUGUGCUACGAAAAAAAUGCCUUGAUGAGGCCAUUGUUUUUGGUCAGUUGCCUGGUAACCAACCAUAUUGUCUCCUGUUUUUCUCACCUCAGUAUUGCUAACAGUACAAGGAAGGAAAUAUUGUCAACCUUUCGUAACCUUUAUUUCCACCGGUUCCUAUUGUCAUAUCUAGGAACUCCUUGACAAGUAAUAAAAGAGCUGUCCACAUGCCAGUAUUUGGACAAAGACAGUUUUGAUUGUUCUGCUCAACAAAAACUUUCACUUAGCUGUCCAUAUGCGCAAUAACAACACCUAGAGCUGUUUUAAUGACCUUUUAGCUCAGCAACUUGUAUAUAUUAUAAAUGUAAUUGGGAAAAAAUGAAUACAAUUUGUUUUAAAUAAUUUUUUUAAGGUUUGAGUGAAAGUGUCAAAUCAUGUGGGCUAAUACCAUUUCCUGAGGGCAUGUGCUGCUCCAAUGUCUAAAAAAUUAUUUUUCACUAUAGAAAUGUAUGUUGAAUAUAAAUAUGCUGUAAUUAACAUGGAUAAAUAGUGGUGCUGUGUUAAAAUGAUGUGAAUAUGACCGAAAUUUUACUGUUAAAAA